GAGCUCUGCGGCUCUUCGCCAAACCAAGCACCAAUGGGCGCAGCCGCCCAGCCGGCCACCGUCCUCAAUGAGCUCCGCCGGGCGCAGCGUGCCGAUGGCCCCGCCGCCGUUCUGGCCAUCGGCACGGCAGUUCCGGCGAACUGCGUGCGCCAGGACGACUUCACCGACUGGUACUUCCGUGUCACCAAGAGCGACCACUUGACCGAGCUCAAGGCCAAGAUGAAGAGAAUGUGUGACAAGUCAGGCAUCAAGAAGCGCUAUUUCCACCACACUGAGGAGAUGAUCGGCGGACACCCGGAGCUCCUGGACCGCGCGGCGCCAUCGCUCGGCGCGCGGCUGCGCAUCUCCGCGGACGCCGUGCCCGAGCUCACCGCCGCCGCGGCGGAAAGGGCAAUCGCGGAGUGGGGCCGGCAGGCGGCCGACAUCACGCACCUUGUCGUCACCACCAACUCCGGCGGCAACGAGCCGGGCGCCGACCUCCGCCUGGCACGUCUCCUGGGCCUCCGCCCGACCCUGCGCCGAACCCUGCUGUACCUCCACGGGUGCUCGGCGAGCUUCAUCGCGAUUCGACUCGCCAAGGACAUCGCCGAAAACAACCGCGGCGCGCGCGUGCUCGUGGCCUGCGCCCACUCCACUAUCCUCCCCUUCGGUGCCCCCGACGAGGCCCAGCUCGACGCUCUUGUCGCCAUGGCCAUCUUCGGCGACGGCGCCGGUGCAGCCAUCGUCGGCGCCGACCCGACAAACCCAGUCGAACGCCCAAUCUUCCACAUCGCGUCGUCCUCGCAGGCGACGUUGCCGGGGACGGAGCACGCCGUGGCGAUCAACCUCGGCGAGGGUGGUGUCCGGUACCGCAUGUCCGCUGAGGUGCCGGAGCUUGUUCGCAGCAACAUAGAGCGGUGCCUGGUGGACUCCCUGGCGCCGCUCGGCCAGGCGGCCGCGAGUGGCUGCGGCUGGAACGGCCCUUUCUGGGCGGUGCACCCUGGCAGCCGCCCGCUGUUGGACAGCUACGAGGCCGCCCUGGGUCUGGAGACCGGGAAGCUCGCGGCCAGCCGGCGCGUGCUGAGCGAGUACGGCAACAUGUUGGCCGCGACGAUCAUCUUUGUCCUCCACGAGAUGCGGCGGCGCGGCCAAGAUGGCGAGAAGGAAGGGGAGGAGUCGCAAUGGGGGAUCAUGUCAACGCUCGGUCCAGGGCUCACAAUCGAGACAAUAGUUUUGCAAGCCUCCGGCGACCGGAACGACGGCUAGCUUAUCUCAGCAUCAGUGAAGGAUGUGUAAUUCAGAAAAAUUAGGCACAAUAAGCGUAUGGUAGAAAUUACCUUUCAGUGAACAAACAAUAAACCAUAUUCCCAUGGGCAUCUAA